AUGUCCAUCCCAGAGCCAGCAUUUGAAGCCGUGUCCAUCCCAGAACCAGUUUUCACAUCUGCUCCAACCCUAGAGGAAUUUUCGUGUUCACGGCCUCCGGUGGCUCCUCCUGAGACUCAAAUCCCUGCUCUUCCUGCGUCUCUGCCUUCGGCUCCUCCUCCUGAGACUCAAAUCCCUACUCCUCCUACGGCUCUGCCCACUCCAUCUCCAGCUCAUCCUCCUGAGUCUCAAAUCCCUGAUCAUCCAGCAGCUCAACCCGUUCCACCUCCGGCUGCUCCUCCUGAAACUCAAAUCCCUUCUCUUCCUGCUGCUCCGCCUUCGGCUCCUCCUCCUAAGACUCAAAUCCCUACUCCUCCUGUGGCUCUGCCCACUCCAUCUCCAGUUCAUCCUCCUGAGUCUCAAAUCCCUGAUCAUCCAGCAGCUCCAUCCGCUCCACCUCCGGCUGCUCCUCCUGAAACUCAAAUCCCUGCUCUUCCUGUGGCUCCGCCUUCAGCUCCUCCUCCUGAGACUCAAAUCCCUACUCCUCCUGCAGCUCCACCUGCUCCACCUCCGGCUACGCAUUCUGAGUCUCAAGUUCCUGAACCAACUGUGUCUCCACCCUCUGGGUCUUCACCACCAGUGGCUCCAACCCCUAUGGCUCAGCCCCCCGUGGCUGUACCUCCAGUGGCUCUACCUCUUGUGAUUUGA